AUGGGGCUGCUGCUGCUCCUCGACACCUUCUUGCUCCUCGGCACCCUCCUGCUGCUGGUCGGGACCUGUCGCCACGUUGGGGCCAAGUUGGGGGUUUCAGGGAAGCGGAGCCCUCCGGGCCCCUUUGCGUGGCCGCUGGUGGGCAACGCGCUGGAGCUGGGCCGCCUGCCCCACGUGGCGCUGUGGCGGCUGGCGCACUACGGCUCCGUGUUCCAGCUGCGGCUGGGGCAGCGCCGGGUGCUGGUGCUCAGCGUACAUCCGGUCAUCCGCCGCGCCCUGGUGGGCUUGGGCAGCUGUUUCGCCGGCCGCCCCGACUUCCCCUCCUUCCAGUUCGUGUCAGGAGGUCGCAGCGUGGCCUUCGGGUCCUGCUCGCCACAGUGGAGGACGCGGCGGCGCCUGGCCCACGCUGCCUUGCGCACCCACGCCACGCCCGGCGAGGUGGAGCGGCAGGUGGGGGCCGAGGCCGCGGAGCUGGUCCGGCUCUUCCUGCAGCACAGCCAGGGGGGUGCCUACUUCGAGCCCUCCCCGCUCCUGGUGGUGGCCAACGCCAACAUUCUCUGUGCCCUCUGCUUCGGCCUCCGCUACGGCCACGCCGACGGCGAGUUCAGAGCACUGCUGGGGCGCAACGACUGCUUCGGGCAGGCGGUGGGGGCGGGCAGCGUGGUGGAUGUGCUGCCCUGGCUCCUGCUCUUCCCCAACCCCGUGCGGAGCAUCUUCCGCGACUUCCAGGCCCUCACCAGGGAGCUGCACGGCUUCGUGCGCGCCAAGCUGGCACAGCACCGCCAGGCUUUGGACCCAGGCGCCCCCCGCCACAUCAGCGACGUCCUGCUGGCUGCUGUGGAGCAUGGCGACAGCCCCCCCGCGGGCCUGGGCCCCGAGGACGUGGACGGUGCCAUGACCGACAUCUUCGGCGCGGGGCAGGACACCACAUCCACGGCGCUCUCCUGGGUCCUGCUGCUCUUGCUGAAGCACCCCCGGCUGCAGCAGGAGCUCCAGGCUGAGCUGGACCGGGUGGUGGGACGCUGCCGCCUGCCCACAGCCGAGGACCGGCCGCAGCUGCCCCUGCUGGAGGCCUUCAUCUACGAGACGCUGCGGUACAGCAGCUUCGUGCCCGUCCCCAUCCCCCGCGCCACCACGGACGACAUGGACCUCGAGGGCUUCCACAUCCCCAAGGGCACCGUGGUCUUCAUCAACCAGUGGGCAGUGAACCACGACAGCAGCAGGUGGCCUGACCCUCAGCGCUUCGACCCCAGGCGCUUCCUGGACUCCCGGCGGCGCCUGGACCGGCACCUGGCCAGCAGCGUCCUGAUCUCGGUGGGGCAGCGGCGCUGCAUCGGGGAGCAGCUCUCCAAGCCCCAGCUCUUCCUCUUCACCGCCAUCCUCCUGCACCAGUGCUCCUUCCACGCCAACCCCGCAGAGCAGCUCCCCGUGGCCUGCAGCUAUGGGCUGGUGCUGAGGCCGCAGCCGUUCACCAUCACCGUGCAGCAGAGGCAGGCUGUGGGCAGCCAGCCCUGA